AUGGCCGCAGCAUCUUGCCGCCGCUUUUCACUACUGUCCAAGCUCUCGUUGGAAAUACAGACGUUGAUAUGGCAUGCCGCCCUGCCCGACGAUGAUGGGCCAGCCUUGCUGCCCUACAGGAAGGGCUGCUGGCAACCCCGCCACCUCGCAAUACUUGACGAGGGCUAUGACGCAGCCACGGGCGACAAUGUGCACAUGGACUUUCGGCUCGACUUGUUGGACAAGGCUCACGUUACGGUGACUCUGACUUCCGUCGAUCGGGAAGCCCGUCGCGUUGCCCUGUUCUGGAUGCGUCGAAAUAUCAAGGCCUCGGAAGUGCGCCUUCGCGAGGGCCACCUGAGCUCCGUUUUUGCGCGCUCGUUCGAUUCAAGCCGCGAUACGCUCUUCAUUGAAGCGGACAAACUGAAUGACUUUUACUGCGAGCCGUACGACCGCCUAUUCGAGCCAGAUCUUGCCGAUCUCAUGGUCAGCAGCGGUCCAACCGUCACCCGCCUCGCAGUACCUGAACCCGUUUUUCGCAGCGAAGGUGGCUCCUUGACGGAAAUAUUCCAGUGGCACUCGGGUGUGGUCGUGGUCCUCGUCGUCGUUGGCAUGCAGCCCCGGUGGGAAUGCAACAGUCUUCAAGUGCAGCGGCGGUGGGAGGUCAAAGGUGUGCCAGAUUACAGGCUUUCAUGGGACCUUGCUCAGCAACGCUUCAAGUCAAGCCUCGCUACGCACCUUUCCGACCGCGGACUCGGCGAAAUGGCCACCACGACGUUUCAAGGCCUUACGCUAGAGCGCAUGCUCGCCGCGGACGCGGCCAUCCUGGCAGUGUCGCUCAGUGCCGCCCUGCUGUACGCCAUUCUCCUCCGUGCCGCGCCGAGCAACACGCGCAUGGUCUCCAAGGCGGCGUCGACAGCACUGCUUGCCGCUUUUGCCGCCGUUCGUAACGAUGCGUGGCUCCUCAUCCCUGCGCUGGGCCUCGGCUCAUUGGGCGACGCCUUUCUCGCCUGGCCCGGUGAGAAGGCAUUCCUGCGCGGACUCGCAAGCUUUCUCGUCGCGCACCUUUUCUACAUCGCCUUGUUUGUCCAGAUCGGCCAUGGGACGGCGCUGAUCAUGGCAGAAGACUGGCGCAAAGGGGUGGCUACGUCUAUGUUGGCGCUGGCUCCUGUCAUGAGCUUCACGUUGGUCCCACGCGUGCCUUCGACGCUGCGCAUCCCCAUCAUUGUCUACUCGACGGUUAUACUCGUCAUGGUCCUGUCGGUGCUUACAAUUGACAACCAUCAAGUCGUCACGGGCGCCGUUCUGUUCGCGCUGUCCGACUCUAUUCUCUCGACGGACGAGUUUCUGGUGCCGCCGGAUUCGGCUGUCCGUCCCCUGCUGCAGUACAGCGUUUGGGUGCUCUAUUACUCCGGCCAGCUGUUGAUCGCAUCCGGCUUAUAG